AUGUCAACACUGAACCAUCUUUUUGAUCUUCCUGAACAGAUAUGUUACGUACAAUGUGGAUUCUGUACCACUAUUUUAAUGGUAAGUGUUCCAUGCAGCAGUUUGUCAAUGGUGGUAACAGUAAGAUGCGGGCACUGCACAAGCCUCCUUUCUGUAAACAUGAUGAAAGCUUCUUUUGUCCCGUUCCACCUUUUGGCAUCUCUUAGUCAUCUGGAGCCAAAAGAGAGUAGUCCAGAACAAGAUGCUAACAAGACUUUGAACAGCCACAGUGCAUCCCUGAUGACCUAUUCUGAUUGUGAGGAAGAGGAUGUCAUUCCAAUGAGUAAUAUUGUGAAUAAACCCCCAGAAAAGAGACAGCGAACACCAUCAGCUUAUAACUGCUUUAUCAAAGAAGAGAUUAAAAGGCUAAAGGCUGAAAACCCUGACAUGGCUCACAAGGAAGCUUUUAGUACAGCUGCAAAAAAUUGGGCUAAUUUUCCCCCAACUCAGUGCAAAGGAGAUGAAGAGAGCUGUAGCCAGACAGAUCAACUUGUGGAUCUUGACUCCCACCUGGACCCUCCUGAUGCUGAGGUCAAUGAAGAAGAUGGUCAAGGUUUCCGUGGAAGAAAGAUCCCCAGGAACUCCAUCUUGGAAAGGACGCCGUUUGAGUGA